UAUGGAGGAUUGUCUUCAAAUGAGACUUUUUGAAAUUGGGGAAAAUCAUGUAAAAUAUGCCAGUAGAGGGUUUAAACCUGAAUAUUGGGAUAUUUUCCUUGAUGCAAUGGAAUAUGCUUUGACUAAUCACAUUGCUUCUACCCCCACACUUAACGCACAGGAGAGAGCAGACGCUACAAGAGUUUGGCGGCAAUUAGCACACUAUAUUAUUGUACAUAUGAAAUAUGGUUAUUUGGCAAAAGAAAUACAAAAUAAUAAGGAAGGGGUAAAAACAUCAGUAUCAGAAACUUCCUCAAUUAAGCAUAGUCAAAGUGAUGCUAUUUUGUAA